AUGACCAUUAUUAUUACCUUAUACCAUUUAUUCUCCUCACGACCCUGCAAAGCCCUUCUCGGUCAGCUCACUACCGAAUCGUCGCGUGUAUUCGACAUUUGGAAUUCGAGCGGACCGUUGCUUGCUCCUCUACGCACGCUAAACCUAUGUACCCUUCACGACACUACAGCCGAACAUAUCAUCGCUGGACCUUCACUCAACACUACACCUCUACAUACACCUACACAUAGUCGCACAGCUCGUGGUCGCCAGGACCCACCAAGAUGCCGUCGAAAAAGUGUGAAAUUAUCCGAGGAAUGGUUAUCAUCAAGCGUUAAGGACACUGACAAAAUCGGACUGAUACAAAUAGGGACUCGACCGCACCGGAAUGAGAAAAUAAUCAUAUAA